CCACAGUCGAAAACCGCAAAUGCUGCCGCUCCUGGUGAGCGCCAGCCCGCGCCGCGUGCAGGGCGUGUCCGGGGCGCCCUCCCCCCGAGUUCCCCCGCAAAAUCCGGCCCGCGGUCGCGCGCGCGCCCCGUCCCGCUGCUUUGGAGGAGUCUGCAGCCCCCGGCGCGCCCGCACGGCGAUUGCCGCCUCCACUCCAACCUCAUCCACUCUCACUCUGACAUUCUCUCCAGAGUCCUCGCGUCGAGCCCGUGGCGCCGGAGCGCGAGCCCCAAGCUCGGGACACAGCGGGACAUUGACGAUCUGCGAUGCCUGUGCGUGCAGGUGAUCACGCUGAGCACGGCGCCGGCGGUGGCACCCUUCCUGGUGCUCCAGAUGUCACGACCGAGGAGCUCCAGUAGAUCCUCCAUAACGUGCAGGCCGAGCUUGAGCGGCGCGCGGCGCUGCAGCGCGGGGCGCCCGAAUCGAAGCGGAACUCGAUCUUGUGCGCCUCGGGCAAGGCGUUGCCCAGCGAGGCGGAGGUGCACGCAUGGGCGCUGCUCGUGCUGCUACAUGGCCGCGGCGCGGACGGCUCGUGGGUCGCCGUCCCGACGCUCGUCGACCAGUGGAUGAACGUCGUGCUGCUGCAGUCGAGCCGCUACGAGCAGUUGCGCGAGCGAUGGCAGCCUCCGACCGACGAUCCGCAGUGGCGUAACUUGGCUCUCGCCAAGGGCCUCGUCCCGUCCUUGCUCAGUCAAGCCGCCGCUCGGGCGGCGGAGCCGCUCGCCCACACCACGCGCACGCUGGUGCAGCUCGAGGUCAUCGACCACGACGUCGGGCAGACCGCGCUCUCGAACUAUCUGAAGAACUGCCUCGCCAAGUCCAAGGGCAUCUCGGGCCCGUCGUACAACCCGGCCAACGGCUCCCACACGCUACACCGGCACAUCGCCGCGGCGGUGCCCGUCGCCUCGCUCCUGAAGGUGCUCUCGGCGCUGCACCGCACGCGGGAGGAGCCCGAGGCGGCGCCUUCGUACACCGAGCUGCAGGCGAGCGCCGACGCGUCGGCGGCCGCCGCGCGGCGACAUAGGGUGAUGCGGCACGGCGGUAGAUGGCCGAGGAUGCAGACGGACCGUGGUAUGUGUGUUGUGUAUAUGCUCAUAUCCGCAUGAUCCGCUUGAGCAGCAGGCACACACGACACACACGCCAAGCGCGUGAAGUUGUCGCUCGGGUUGCCUGAACUAGAUGACAUUCCCAUAUUCAUU